AUGAGUGAAGACAGGCAGUCCACUAGUUCAAAUACCGAUGACAUCAAGAAUGCUGAUACCGAUAAUACUCGCUCGCCCGAAAGGCGCUCGCGACCGCGCUCAUCAAGGUCUUCCUCAGUGGACUCUUUCGAAAUUGUUCAACCCACUGGCACUGAAUUGAGUGACGAAGGUCUAACCAAGCCUUUAGCUGGUAAACCUUCCCCAUACCAAAGAAAUCAUCACUCUCGCCAUGGUUCUUUACAUAGUUUUGCUGAAUCAAUACCUUCUUCUCCUAAACAUGAAUUGACCUUAAAUACUUCUCCCACAAAAAUUGAUGAAGGUGACGAUUUUGAAUCCAUUCCCUCGCCUACUUAUACCGAACGCAGCGACGACUGUAACGAUGACGAGGAAGCGAAUGAAUCCGACAAGACGGAUAGAUUUGCCCAAUUGCGAGACUUGAAUCCGCAUCAGUUUGGUUUUCCGACAAACUUCCGUGUUUUGUACGCCGGUUAUCCGGCUAAUGAACGGUUAAAGAAUGAUGUCUUCCAGAAAAUGUCAGAAGCCUUAUCCCAGAUUUUCUGGGAAGAAGCUGACAGAAAUUUACCUCCUACUGUUGACGUAAGGCCAGAGAAGAGGAUGGUCAUAUGUCCGGUAACCAACUAUCCCGACAGCGGCAAACCUGAACUAGGACAUUAUCCAGAUUCGGGUGUUGCCGUAACCGAGGCCGACUUUACUAAUAGAAGAUUACGUGAAAUUCUGGACUAUUUGGAUAAUCAAUUUGCGAAAAAAGAAAAUGACGACGAUUUGGUUGAUUUAUGUGUUUAUUUUUUGCCUCCAGAUGAUAAGAAAAUCCCAAGUGAGCUUCUGACAACUAUGAAGCAAUUACAAGAAAAAGUUACUCUUCUUCCACUGCUUACUGCAGACAAUCCUGGUCCUGAUGAACUUUCGACUAUACGACAGAGGUUAUUGCAAUUUUUACAGCAAAACGGCAUUGACAUCUUUGUCUGGAAAGACGACAAAUUAGUGCAAAAAAAUAAUGAAGAAACCGGACGACAAAAGUGGAUCAAGACAGUUUAUACGAGAACCUUAUUGACUGUAGAAGAGUUUACUGAAUUGGAUAUAGAGGCAAUGUUUGAAGAUUUUCGAUUGUUAAGGUCACGUGCCCUUGAAUUCAGAAAAGAACGCGUGAAGAGGGAAAUUGUUCAACGAAGAAUACGUAGUGUUGAGAAAAUGGUAGAAUUUGUUAGAUCAUUCUUGAUGAUGGUAUUCAUCCUUGGUGUAGCAUACUUUUUCUUCCUUAGUAUGUGGACAUACGGGGAGUUUUCGGUAAUUCCAGAAGACAUCCGGGAAUCGCUUCAAGUUGUAUCGAGUGCAACAUCGAGGUUACAGCAGGACUACUCAUGGCAAUACGCAGAUACGUUUACCUUUGACGAUUCACAGCACAGUAGAUUGGUGGAAGUGUACCAAGUGACUCGCUCCCGUUUCGUAAUCGAUACGUACGAUCGAAAACAGACAUCACGAGGCGUUACAAGAGCUUACGAAGCAAUUGUAUUGCAUAACGCCAAGGUAUUACGACGUCAUGACGUAGCCGGUAUUGGGGACGGUCGGUACAGUUUUGAUAUUGACACGAGCGACGCUAUAGGGAGUGUAUAUGUUGCGGUUAGAGAUAAAAACGGAGACAUAGUGCGAGUGGUACCUUGGUUGAAUCACAAGAUGAUCGAACCAGUCCGACAACCCAAUACUCCAUCUGCCAGAAACGCCAACAAUUCGCCACAGAAUUACUAUAGCUAUGAUGUUGUGCGUUCAAAUGUUGUUCGACAUGCACAGCAAGUGUACUCGAUGGCACUCAGCGUCGGUGGACAAUUGGCGGACAAUGCCAAGAUAAUAUUUAACUACGUCAAGAAACAAGCUGACCAUUUUACGGCCUACAUUGCAGAAGAACUUGACGAGUGGGUACCAUACAUCUGGAAUCAGAUUGCAUCUUUGGCCAGCGAGGCCACGGAAAAGGCGAAACGGGGAGCAGGAAAAAUUAAGAGAUAUGUUGCAUCAAAGGCAGAUUUCUAA